CCUAUAAAAAACUUCGUAUUUUUCAUUGUUCAUCAUCAAAACAACACCAAUUGUGUUAUAUCUCCUUUUUAUUUUUCGUUUUUCUCAACAUGACUGUUUGCGUCGACCAACCUCAAUCAGAUUCCGAGGUGGUGGAAAAUAAGAACUAUAGUAACAAUAAUAAUAAUACCAAUGAAUUGGUAUUAGAUGGAGGGUUUGUAGUGCCUGAUAAUGUGGCUAGUGGUGGUUUUGAUGCCCCAGAAAUCAAUGCAUUUGGUCACACAUUCAGAGAUUAUGACGUCGAGAGUGAAAGACAGAAGCAAGUGGAAGAAUUCUAUAGGAUGAAUCACAUUAACCAAACAUAUGAAUUUGUGAAGAAAAUGAGAGAAGAACAGCUGAAGCCAUUAGGAAAGAUUAUCCAAAUGAAGAUUGGCUUCAUUUGA